CUUGUACCCUUUUCCGACAUCUCCGCCACAAAUCUUUUGGUAUUUCCCUCUGUUGUCGGUUUCUUCAAAAACUCACUUCUUCUUCUUCAAUAUUAAUUACUACUCCUGGUCCCUAUUUGCCAUUUUAGACUACUACUUGUUUGUCUUUAACUUUGUCCAUACAAGACCCCACCCCAUCAUCAUCAACAACAUCUUCCUCUACUCAUUUACUCUCUUUCUCUCUCUCUCCUAGCUGUAUUCAACUUACUUUAAAAGUGUGAACACAUCUUCUCAAAACAAUAACCCCUCCAAAAAUAUUCAAUUUUUUUUUGAUAGUCUCCAUCCCAAGACUGCAUUUUUCUCUACACCCACUACUACUUCUUUAGUCUAAAGCAGAGAUGAGUGAAAACCCACCUCCCAGAUUCUUCAACACAAUGACCCAUUUGAAGAUUUUCAAGAAACUCAAGCCUUUUGAGCCUUCACCAGGUGUUCUUGGCUGCUUCUUUUUCACCGUUUGCUUAUUCUUGUGUCUCUUCUUGUUGGAUUAUACAACAGUAAACAAAGUGCCUCGGUUGCAUCAGCCAUCCUUGUUUGCUACUUGGAUUGGGAUAAAUGGAUCAUCUUUGUCCUAUAACAAGGUUGAUUUUUUGGGAAGAGGUGCAGAAAGUUGUGAUAUUUUCGAUGGAAAUUGGGUUUGGGAUGAAAGUUAUCCACUUUAUGAAUCAAAGGAUUGUAAUUUCUUGGAUGAAGGCUUUCGUUGCUCUGAGAAUGGUAGGCCUGACAAUUUCUAUACUAAAUGGCGUUGGCAACCUAAAGAUUGCAACUUGCCCAGAUUCGAUGCAAAAUCUAUGUUAGAAAAGUUGCGGAACAGAAGGGUUGUGUUUGUCGGAGAUUCAAUUGGAAGAAACCAGUGGGAGUCUCUACUCUGCAUGUUAUCUUCUGCUGUUCCUGACAAAAGCAAGAUAUAUGAAGUUAAUGGAAAUCCUAUCACGAAGCACAUGGGUUUUUUGAUUUUUAUGUUCAAGGAUUUCAACUGCACUAUUGAGUACUAUAGAGCUCCAUUCCUAGUGUUUCAAGGUCGUCCACCUUCAGGGGCUCCCCCAAAAGUUAAAUUGACUUUGAGACUGGAUCAGAUGGAUUGGAGCUCUGCUCAAUGGAAAGGGGCAGAUAUUUUGGUAUUCAACAGUGGUCACUGGUGGAUUUAUGAAAAAACUAUUAGAGAGGGAUGUUACUUUCAACUAGGUGGAGAAGUCGAUAUGACGAUGAAUAUUGAGACUGCAUACAGGAGGUCAAUAUCGACAUUGGUUGAUUGGAUAGGUCAUGAAGUGAAUAUGACCAAGACACAUGUCGUAUUUCGAACUUAUGCUCCUGUUCACUUUAGAGGUGGAGACUGGAAGACUGGCGGCAACUGUCAUCUUGAAAAGCUACCUAACAUAGGAUCAUCCCAAGAGUCGGUGAAAACAUCAUUUGAAUAUAACACUGUGAUCAAUGUGCUGUCUGAGAAACAGAACAAAUCAAAAACAUGGAAUUUGGAUUUAUUGAAUGUAACAGGGAUGACAUUUCAGAGAAGAGACGGUCAUUCAUCUUUGUAUUACUUAGGUCCCAAGGUUGGACCAGCUCCUCUCCACCGGCAAGACUGCAGCCACUGGUGCCUCCCCGGUGUCCCUGAUACAUGGAACGAGCUUCUAUAUGCCAACUUCCUGAAACGGGAGUUGGGUUGUGCAAAAUUUUCCAAACAAACUAGUUAAAAUCACCCGUGUGGCAGGUAAAGAGAUGUUGUUGCUCCAACAUUUCAAAUGUCACACCCUACUACGCUUGCAGUGUCAUGGACUAUAAGACGUGUACCUUGGAAAGGGAACUCGAUUUUCAUAUUUUCUGCCAAUGCUGAGUGGAAUGUGCCCCUUUUCAAGAUUAAAUAUUAGGGACAAUUUUUGCAGCUUUGUAUAGUUGGGAUUAUUUGGAAUCUCUUCACCAAAAUGUACAUUAUGUGUUGUUGUAUAGCUGAAGAGACCUAAUUUUAUACAAAAUGACGAGCUUCCCCAAUUGCAAUAUUGUACAUUCCCUGUUUUUACGUUAUGGACACAAACUGUUUUAAAACUA